AUGCAACAUGUCUCACGGAGUCGUACUCUCACAGGCUGUGGAACCUGUCGCAAUCGCCAUGUAAAAUGCGACGAAGCCCGCCCCGUUUGCCACAACUGCCAGCAGCAGGGCCUGGCAUGUCUGGGCUACGAGCGUCAGUUGAACUGGGCGAGCGAUGACAAAGACCGAGUAUUCCGCCGUCCUCUCUUUUCUGAGAUGGAGCAACAAAACAUGUCGCAAAUGACCACAGAGGGACUCGGUAAACAGUCUGCCAGCACUGCCUUGGCCAAGCUGGAACUUGAAAGCGUGGAAAACGAUUCAUUUAAGGGCCCUUUUGGUGUUCUGGUGCUAUCUGAGGCAUCUACAGAUUCUAAGCAAGAUGAGCUACAGCUCGAUCAGAUUGAGCCCGACCAGCUAGAGUGGGAUCUUCUCUGGCCAGGCAUUGCAAGAGACGCUGCUAUGCUUGAUGGGAUGUAUGAUGUCCCUGAAGCUGGAACCAUAUCGGACUGUUUUUUAAACGUUGAUCCUGAAACUCUCCUUCCACUUUUGGACCUCUCAUCGACUCCCCUUCCGUCCCUUGAGAUCUCAGAGAAGACGAGUAUACCCCCCGAGGCCGCUGACCUACUGCGGUACUUCAAAGAGAAUGUCGUUUCACUCUCAUUCCCUCUGAAAAACUGCCGGAAAUGUCCCUGGCAGGCAGUCCAUCUCCCGGCUGCAAUGACCGCGUUUGCAGAGCUCAGCGUUAACCACACCACAAGCCACACCAGGCUGUCACUGUUCUAUUCUCUUCUUGCUGCCAGCUGUCUCCACAAGUAUGCACGCAAUCAGUCUGCCGAUGGCCUGGAAAUAUCACCAAACCGGUUCAAAGAAGCCGCCAAGCAGCAUCUUGAAUUAGCCCUGAACGAGGAAGUUCUGGGUGCGCGCCGGGCCAAGUAUAAGGAGAUCCUAAUGGCCGUUCUAUCGAUAGUGAUGCUCUCGAUAUUUAAUGGCGAAAACUCUAGCGCCCAGGCCUUCCUCGUCGAUGCAGAGUAUCUCAUUCGCAUCCGCGGUCUCCCCAAACCCCACAAGUCCCUCAAAGUCCGAUCCCUGCACCACGUCUACACCUUCCUCCGGAUCAUGGCCGAAAGCACAUGCGGCUGUGCCCUGCUAGACAUCUGCCCGGACCGUCCCAGCGCCAGCCUCCUCUCCAUCGAGCCAUCCCCGGACUCCCUACGCAGUUUCCGCGUGGCGAACGAUAUCCUAGACGCCGAGAUCGAUAUCACUCUAGCGAAGGGAAACAAGAUCGGCCAUAACGAUAUCCAUCUAGAAGUUAUGGGCCAGUGGGAUGAUACGCUUUUCCCGGAUAUCUACGGGAUACCGGAAUCCCUUAUGACCCUUCUCUCGCAGGUUAUCCGUCUAGCGAACGAGCAAGAAUUACUUCAUCGGGGAGGUCCGACCGUGGAUGCGCGCAUCGCGGGAGAACUUAAACGGCGCGCGAAUUUGCUCGAGCAGUAUAUCCUCUCGUGGGGGUCGUCUCCUAUGUCAAACUCAGCAACGAUAAAGGACGGCCAAGAGACGUCCAUCAGCCAGAGCCAGAAGAACCAACCAUCAAACCAUUUCAUGGUCCAAGCCAUGCACCAGGCUUUAAUCCUAUUCUACUACCGGCGCGUGCCGAACAUAAGCGCCUUGAUCCUGCAAGAUACAGUCCGCAACUGUCUGUAUUUCCUGACCCGGUACGACACAGCGCGUGUUGAAGAAAAAGCUGCUGCUGCGCCUUCUACACAUGACUCGGCGAUAUUAUGGCCUGGUUUCGUCGCAGCCUGCGAGGCGCUGGAUCCUGGGUUACAGGAGGGUCUUCUAGAUUGGCUGGUAGCAACAGGGCAUCGCACCUCGCUGGGCCCAUUCUCUGCAGCGGCUGGAACGGCACAGUGUGUUUGGAAGGCACGGUCAGAGACGAAGGACUACACGCUGAGUUGGUUUGAUGUGAUGAAGCAUGAACGGUGCCCGAUUAUUGCGACAUGA